UCCAAACGCCACUAUCCCUCUGCCACAACGAGGGCCGCCUCGUCUCGAGUCGCUGAAGCCAUGGCGACCACGCCGACCACUGCAAUCCUCCGCCUCACUCCAGCCCCUUCUCCCCGCACCGCGCGCCAUCCUCGCUCUGCUACCUUCCUCCAGCCCGCGCUCUCCGUUUCCCUCUCCUACUCCCUCCCCGACUGCCGCAACCACCGCCUUGCGGCCGCUUCCAAGGACACUGCUAGCAGCAAGGGGCAGGAACAAGACCAAGAGCCCGCACCGUCGGCGCCGCAGGAAGGAGGACCAGAGAAGGUAACGGAGGUGGGGGCAGCAUCGCCCGGGGAGAAGAGCCCGGAGGCGGUGGCGGCGGAGCUGAAGGAGGUGCUGAGGGCGCGGAAGGAGGCGGAGGCCGCCGAGGGCCGCGGCGGGUGGUGGGCAGGCGUGGCGCAGGAGAUGACCGAGAUCGAGUGGCCGGCGCCUGGGAAGGUGUUGGGCACCACCGGCGUGGUGCUUGGGGUCAUCGCGGGCUCCACUGUCGCGCUGCUGUCCGUCAACGCCCUCCUCGCCGAGCUCUCCGACACCGUCUUCGCCGGACGCGGACUUCAGGACUUCUUCUCCGGCUGACGAAGCGGCGUGCUUCGUGUACUCUGUAACUAUUUUUUUUUUUCUUGCACUUGGGGCUAGGGUCAUAGAUCAAAUGUUCGAGGUUGGAAUUAUGUCCAAUUUUCAGUUGCCAAGAAAAAGAUGAUGAGUCACUUGCGAAUUUGGUAAUGUUACUAAUAUGUGAGUGACAUUUUGUUGGUAAAUGGUCACUCGGGAACCUAACUUGAGUUCCUUCUGUUUAGUGGUGA